AUCAAAGCUGCAGCUGCAGAAGACAUGAAAUCCUGCGCUGAGUUGGUCGGACGAUCUGGAAGCUGCAGACCACAUCAGAACCCCGACUGUAGCGGAGUCAGAGCUCACACUUCUGUACUGCAGGUGGAAAGAAGACUCGGUGAGGAGGAUUUUCUGACCUGGGCACCUGCUGAAUGAAGAGUAGGACAGAGAUUUAUGACAAACUUCUAACUGAGGAAAAACACCUCCGACCUGCAACAAAAUGACAGCUGCCACAAAGCUUCUGGAUGAGAUGUGCCAUUUGACGGCCCAAUCUCUAACACAGAUGGACACAUCGGAGCACUUCAAGCUCAUUAAACUGCUAGGUGAAGGCUCAUAUGGAAAAGUCAUGCUGGCUGUACACAAGAAGAGAGGGACUCCAAUGGCUUUAAAGUUCUUCCCUCGUGAAUCCACCUCACUUUUCUCCUUCCUGAGGGAGUAUAACCUCUCUCUGUCGUUCUGCACCCACCCAUCCCUGACCAGAGCUCUGGGAAUCGUCUACUCAACACCUUCACACUACAUUUUCGCUCAGCAAGCCAGCCUCUUUGGUGAUCUCUACGAUGUCAUCAUACCUGAGGUGGGUGUGGAGGAGAACUGUUGCCAACGGGUGGUGUCCCAGUUGUGUGGUGCUCUGUCCCACUUACACUCCCUCGGAUUUGUCCACAGAGAUCUCAAACCAGAGAACGUCUUCCUGUGUGACUCAGCUUGCCGAUGGGUCAAACUGGGAGACUUUGGCAUGGUGAAAGCCAAAGGAACCAGGAUCCCAGAGGUCUGGUACAGCUCCCCUUACUGCACCCCUGAGGCUGAGAUGGCUCGAGGAAAUGAGGACAGCUGGAGCGGCAAUAAUGAUGACAAUUGUUGCUUUAAUCAUGACAGGGAGAAGAAGAAGAGAGUUUGGGUGUUUGUGGAGCCCAGUACAGACAGCUGGGCGCUGGGCGUCCUGACGUACGCCAUGCUGACCGGCAGUCACCCCUGGGCGGAGACAGCCAGCGACUGCCACGCAUACCUGAAAUACCAAGAAUGGUUUGACCAGGCCAAUGGCCCCAAAGACGAACUAGAUGUGUGGAUGGACCCACACACAGAGAACACAAAGGAUGUCACUGAUCUACAUGAAGCAGGACAAAAGGGCUGCCCCCCCGUAGCGCCUCAGUUUGCGUGUUUCACUGAGUUGGCCUGCUCCUUCUUCCAGUCACUCCUCAACCCGAGACCACAACUUCGAGGACGGCCUGAAGAUGCACUGAGUUACCUCGGAGGGGACUGGAUAAUAGAGAAAGAGAGGGUGAGGCUGGAGGAGGAGAGGAACAAGAGUAGCAGGAAGGGUGCUUUCAGAUGCAUGAAAGAGAUGGAGGGGAGAGGAGAGCGAUGAGCAAAGAUAGGCUCAGUAAGCACACCCUGCAGCCCAUCCUGAUAAAAAAAAAGAAAAAAAAAAACACAUAUUCAAGAUGUAUUUGCACAUACUAAAACUGGUUUCGAGUCUUGUCAUUUUCAGUUUUGUUUUUAUUUUACUUCCUGUUCCCUACUUCCAGUAAUCAUUUGUCACACCUGCUUCUCGUUUUGUAAUCAGUCCCUCAGAUGCUCCAGCUUUUACUUUGUCCUCUGCUAGCUCCUUGUGUGGGUUAGCUGUGUCAUCUUUAGUUGUGUCUUUUGUUUAAUUAAAUCUUUGUACUACCUUCA